AUGUGGAAGCACAAAAUCUUUGUCACUAUUGGCGACCAAGAGCCUAUCUGGACACCACCACCAUCUGAUACAAUGAGAGUGGAUGUGGACGCGUCGGUUUGGAACCAGAAUCACGUUGCUUGUGGCAAAGUAACUAGGAACGCUGAAGGUGACUGGAUAAUGGGCUUUAAGAAGAAAUUGGGAUAUCUAGGCUCUACUGCGGCUGAGAUCUUGGCCAUUAAAAAUGGACUGGAACUGAGCAAAACUCUAGGAUUCUUUGAGAUUCAGCUUCCUAAAGACUCUCUUGAUGCUAUCAACCUUCUUAGGAGCUGCUCUCCUCAUCACCCUUUGAGAGGGGAGAUUUCAGAGGUUAGAGGGAUUAUCUACGACCAUUGGGAAGCCAGAAUUAUUUAUUUGCCCAGAACUUCUAUUCGAUGA